AUGACAAACACAUAUGAUACGAAAGAAUCGUAUGGAGAUAGCCUCCUCCAACAGUCACAACAAACCCCUCUUGAGCCUGGCGCUUUUCUUUAUCCGGGAGUUGGGAUGGGCUCUCAAAUGGAGGUCGAGGAUUCGCUGAGUGCUGAUGAAGAACAUCAGAGUUUGAAUCCACAAGAUGUGGCUCCUCCACGAAUCGAUCUUCCUGAUGGAAUCCAUCAAACACCAGAAUUGGCAAAUCUCACCUUAACUGAUGAGUUAUUCUCUCCGAUGAAGGUGAAUCCAUUCACCUAUUCAUCAGCAGCUUAUCCAACAGCCUACACAGCAGCUUCCGGAAAAAUGCUCGAUCCUUACAGCAGCACUCCAUUCUUCUGGAGCUCAUACGCAAUGCCGGAUCCAAACAAUCCGAUCUCUCCACAUAUGUUCACUUCUUCAGCUGAGCAUGUAUUUGGUGCCCAAGCCACCGCGCCAACCCUGAUGCCCACCUAUGCGGGUUACACGAGCGCCGACGCGUACAGCGGCUAUUCGAUGCUGUCCACCCGUGUCCCCCAUUAUCCAAUCAACGCCGCUCCAUCAACGCCAUCCUCCACCGAGUCUUCCAAUUCUUCAAAUUCCCUAUCAGCGUCUUCUCAUUCAGCAAACAGUUCCUCUUCUACAAAUGAUUCCACGUUGACAAUCACCCCAUUGAAUGUGAAUCGAAACAAUAAGAAUCGAGCCUCAGCGAUCACCGAGGGUCGAGAGUGUGCGAAUUGUGCAGCUCGGCAUACUCCAUUGUGGCGAAGAGAUAACACGGGACAUUAUCUGUGUAAUGCGUGUGGAUUGUACCAAAAGAUGAACAACACCGCGAGACCGUUGCAGAAACCGAAAAAGAGACAGAAUGCGCAAAAGCGAACGGGAGUGCUCUGUGUGAAUUGCAAUACGUGCACGACGACGUUGUGGCGGAGAAAUGGAAAUGGGGAGCCUGUGUGCAACGCGUGUGGACUUUACUAUAAAUUGCAUCAAGUCCCUCGGCCGAUCACAAUGAAGAAAGACGGGAUUCAAACGAGAAAUCGAAAGAUCACUGGAAAAGGGAAAAAGCGAAGUGAUGAAAAUCCAUGGGCAAAGGAGUUUGAUAUGCGAUCCUCUUACUCGACAAUGUUCGGCUCUUCUUUAAUGAAUCCCGCCUAUCACACUUCGUUCAUUUAUCCUGGACAA